UAUCAUGCAUUCUGUAGUUCCAGCAUAUACAACCUGAAUUACAAAAACUAAAUGUCAAGUUUUUAGGUUAUAUUUAAAUAUUUAUAUUUUUCUCAUGUUUUAAUAUAUUUUAUAAAUAUUGUCUAAUUAAAUAACAUUAAAAUCUACUACUUUUAAUAAUUUUAUGCAUACUUUUAUUAAGUUAAUCAUUUCCAAAUAAUUUAGUUAAUAAUAAAUGGUUGUCAAUGGUUUAUAAUGGAUUUUUGGAAGCAUACUCUAGGUAGCCCAACAAAAAUUGUUGCUCCCAUGGUUGAUGCCAGUGAGUUACCGUGGCGACUUUUGAGUAGACAAUACGGGGCACAGCUCUGUUAUACACCUAUGUUACAUAGUGCAUUGUUUUCUAGAGAUCUUAAAUAUCGGACUGAGGCACUAGCCUCUUGCGAUGAAGACAAGCCCUUAAUAGUUCAGUUGUGUGGUAAUGAGCCACAAACAAUGCUUGAAGCAGCACUUUUGGCACAGGAUCACUGUUUAGCUAUUGACAUAAAUUUGGGAUGUCCACAGGCUAUUGCUAAGCGAGGGCAUUAUGGAGCAUUUUUACAAGAUGAGUGGCCUCUUCUAAGUGAAAUGGUCAGUUUAUUAAGUAAGAAUUUAAAAAUCCCUGUAACAUGUAAAGUACGAAGGUUUGAAACUAAAGAAAAAACUAUAGAAUAUGCAAAAUUGUUAGAAAAUGCAGGAUGUAGUAUUCUUACAGUUCAUGGGAGAACUAGAGAGCAAAAGGGUCCUUUAACAGGUUUAGCUGAUUGGACUUAUGUAAAGUCUGUGAGUGAUGCCGUGAAUAUACCUGUAUUUUCUAAUGGAAACGUUCAAAAUAUUCAAGAUUUAGAGAGAUGUUUAGAAGAAACCGGUGCUGUUGGUGUAAUGACUGCUGAGGGUAAUCUGUACAAUCCAGCUAUUUUUAUGGGUCAGAAUCCUCCAAUUUGGGAACCAGCAUUAAAAUAUCUUGAUUUAGUAAAAAAGUAUCCUUGCCCAAACAGUUACAUUCGAGGGCAUUUAUUCAAACUGUUUCAUCAUGUAUUAUCACUGCCAGAAAAUAAUAAUUUAAGAAUUGAAUUAGGUGCAGCAAAUACAUUAGACCAAUUUACAAAUAUCACUAAUAAAAUUAGGUCUAUGUACGAACUUUACCAUACCGGUGAUAAAGUUUGGGAAGCACCUGUUGAACCGGAAAGUCAUAAUUUAUUGUUGCCACCAUGGUUAUGUCAGCCCUAUGUAAGGGAUACACCUGAAGGUCAUAUUAAAAAAGUGGAGGAUAAAGUUAAAGAGGCUGAGAAAAGAUUGAGUGAAGGAACAAAGAGGUUUUAUGAAGAUGCUGAAGGGAAUCCCAUAAGCCGAAAGAAAAUGAAAAAGAUUAGAAGAAUAAGUAGGCGACCUGAAAAACCAGAAAAUUGUAGUCCAAAAUCUAUGGAAAAGUGUUCACUUUGUGAAAAUCCAUUGGGUUCAAAAUGUGGUUAUCAGCUUUGCAAAAAAUGCUGCAGGGACAAGUGUUUUAUAGAAAAUCUUGAUUGUGAAGGUCAUAGAAUUCUAGUAAAAACUAGAAGGGAAAUGGCUAAAAAACAUGCAAAUCAAAAGAACAAAGGCAAAAGUGCGAUAGCGAGUAAUAGUGAAUUAACUGAAGUAAAAUGUGACUCAUAACAAUAAAUUAUAUUAUAUUUGACUUAUCGUAUUUUUAUUGUUUAAAUGCUCUAUUGUUGCUCUCAGUGCGUAUAACUAUUUCUAACGCUAACUACUUUUUGUUGUUUUAUUAGAUGAUUUGUACAGAAAUA